UUCCGUCUUCCAAGACUGCCUACCCUACGCCUGUAAUAAUUCUUUUUUGGAUUCGGCAACCUCACCUCCUUGCUACCCCACAUAAAGCUCAAGAUGGGGCGCGAGGAGCAAAUUGAGGAACGGGAAGUUCUAAACUCCAUCUUCCCUGACGAAAUAACAGACAUAUCGGAGACCGAGUAUCGGAUUACCAUAAAGCUUGACAUUCCAGACGAUGAAGGAGAUCCGCCGGUCAUGCUCCUUACCGUGCGGUACCCGGAAGAAUAUCCGGACAAAGCUCCUCUCCUGGAGCUAGCCGCACCUCAGAACUCUACCCCUCACCAAUACCUGAAUAUCGCCGAGGACAAAGAUCAGCUGCUAAGCGGGCUGGAAGCCACGAUCGAGGAGAACCUGGGCAUGGCAAUGGUCUUUACUCUAGUCUCCGCGGUGAAGGAAGCUGCCGAAAAAUUGGUGGAGGACCGAAAACAGGCCGCUGCCAAGGCGCAUGAAGAAGCGAUCCUCGCCGCCGAACGAGAGGAGAACAAGAAGUUCCAUGGCACCCCCGUGAACCGCGAGACAUUCUUGAAAUGGCGGGAGCAGUUCCUGAAGGAGAUGGAGGAGGCACGACUCAGGGAGGAGGAGGAGAGGGCGGCCGAAAUGAAGAAGGCAAAAAUUAAGGAGCCGGUAAAGCUCACAGGGAAGCAAUUGUGGGAAAGGGGUCUUGCCACUGCUGGCCAGGAGGAUGGCGAUGAGGACGGGGUGCCAACAGAGGAUGUACAGAAGCUCAAAGUUGGCGGUAGUUAAAUCUGCUACCCUCGCUGGGAAUGGAUGCUCGCACAGUCACCGCUUUCCAAGAAUCGCUAACAACGAGAGAUGCCGCAAAACUCCCCAACCAACUGUCCAUAUGAGUCCGCAGGUGCCUCUGGAU